AUGGAUCUUUUCGACCCAAUUUUCUUAUUUAUGCAGGGAUUUAUGCAGGACCCUAAUUGUAGAUUUCAAUUUAUUUCUCCUGAUUCUGUUCAUCUUACACAAUUUAAGAAUAAUCACGAGUUUGAAGUAGUUUUGACAAAAGGAAGUACGCUUAUGAGUGAAGUAAACGGCCUUGACUUGAUUACUUUUGGUACUGGAAAAUUUGUUAAAAAAUUAUGGAGAGGUAGUAAAAAAUUCGGUGUUGAUGGGAAGGUUUUGUUAAAAGUAAAGGUUAAAGUCCCUAAGCGCUUUGAAUCACAAUUACCUACUGAAUUUAUGUUUAGAAGUUGGGACCCAGUUCUUGAUGCCACUUGUUCUAGCACUAGUGAAUAUGUUACUAUCGAUAAAUAG